GCCAGACCGAGUCGGACUGUCUUCGAGUGAAGAUAAUCCAAGUUUUAUCUAUUUCUAUUUCUAAAAAAUUUUAGUUCAAAUCCAAGUUUUGUUCGAGUUUCUGUUAAAGUUUCAUCCGAUUUGUUAUUUUAAAUUUUAUUCAUUUUUGAAAUUUAAAAUUAAGUUUUGUAAUAUUAAUUUUAAUAAUAAAAAUAUAAAUAUAAAUUUAUUAUUAAUUGAUAACUCGCUAUUUUAUCACGGUGAAAGUAAGUGAUAUGUUGGCCGCACCAUUUUGCCGCGAAUUGCAUUUCGGGAAUAUGCUGACCUCAAGGAUGCAAUCACACGUCCCACGCUGCUUGUUCGGAUCUCCAAAUCCCAAGGACUCGGUGGAGCUUCUUCAGGAGAGUCUUGAUAUGGAGAGGAGCAAGUUUGAGCGGAGAUGGGGCAUUGAUCCUUGUCAGGAGGACAAGGAAAAUGUUCAAAGAAAAUUCGAGCGGUCUCCACGAAAAAAUCGGAGCUCGCCUUACUCCAGACAAACAUGUAUUCACGAUUACUGGAGAUCACGAAAAAGCUGUGACGUAACUAAAAAAUCACUAGUAUCUUCAGUGGACCCGAACCAGAUGAUAAAGAAGCAAGAGCCUCAGAAGACAACAAAUUAACCUCGCAAUCAAGAUUAAGAUUUUUAUUAGAUUAUAAUAAUUACAGUUACUAUUUAAUACUAACGAUAAGCAUCAGAGAAUAAUUAACGAUAGCAACUUUGUUGCGGUGGUAUUAAUCGUUAAUUAACGUGAUCCUAAAUUUUUCAUUUUAUUUAACGUGAAAAGUAUCUUCCUUAACAUAUUAUAUAUUUAUUUCUAUCUCUAUAUCUUUAUAAAUAUAUAUAUAUAUAAUUACUGUAAUGUAAUUCGACCUAAUCAAAUAGUUUAUUGACAAAUAUGUUUUGUGCAUAAUUAUAAUUAUAUUAGCUCACAUAAGGUGUAAAUAAUUAUUGUGAUUAGUGGAGGUUUAAAUGGAUUUUUUUAAAUAAUCAGAGACUGCUCUAUUUCUAUAAUGUAUUAUCUAUUUUCUGUUAAAUUUAUUCUUAUUAUAAUUAAAAAUAAUUGUCUCGCUAAAUCCGUCAGAAGCCUGAAAAAAGUUGAUUCUUUAACGGAACAACAAUACAGCGCCUCCAAAGACUAAUUAACCGAUCAAUUAAUAACAAUCAACUUAUUAAGUGUUGGGAAAUAUCUAAGAUUUUCUCAAUGUCGGCUAUUGUGUAUAAUUAUUAAUA